AUGCUGCAGCAGAGAGUAUUUUUAACCGUCUUUUUCAUAUCUUUUUAUCUUUUCUGUUUUAUAGAUUGAUAUAAUUAAAUUUGUAUUAUCAUAUAGACAUUAUGGCUGGAAGUCGACUUGAGAAAUUCGGGACUGUAUUUACCCGGGUUCGUGAUUUAAUGCGAGCUGGAGUCAUCAAGCAGGAGGAAAAGCCCAUCUGGUUUGAUGUGUAUGCUGCUUUUCCUCCUAAGAGAGAGCCACUGUACGAGAAACCCGUGAGACCACUGAAAAAACAUGCAGAAGAUACUGUACCUGAAAUCUUAUACAAGGAGGAUGAAAUACGAGCGAAGUUCUUUGAGGUUUAUGGUAAUGGACCCAGAGCUUUUGAGCUCCUCAAGGCCAACUUUGUUUCUUCAUGUCAGAGGUUUGUGAUGAAGUACAGUGAAUUAGAAAGCAGAGGGGAUGUCAAACCUGAGCUUCUGUUUGAAGAGACCGCAAAAGCACUGCUCACAGAGGGAGUUUAUUUAAGAAAGAGAGGAGGACCUGGGCAGGUGGCACCAGAGUUUCGGAACCCUUUGCUGAACAUGAAGUUGACUGACAUGUUGGCAGAGCAGCAAAGAGACACAGAGACGAUUGUUCCAGAGAAACAGCCACAGGCAGAGACAGUGAACCCUGACGGCCAGACGUCGUCAUAAAUAUACCACUUCUCCUUAGGACAACACAAACUGCUCCUGCCUCCAGCACACCAGCGUGCUGCUCAAUCAUGCGUUUUUGAUGCGUCAAAUACUGGGACACAGAUAUUGUUUGUUUUGUGGACACUAUGCAGACCCUGAAGAGCAACAUGUGUCUUUUCCCCUCUUGGUGUCAAAUGAGUGAUGUUGAAGACACGUUUGCACAGUCAAAAUGGUUUUGGCUUGAGGUCUUUAUAGCCAAGGAGAGACUUUAUAAUACAGAUCUAGUAAGUGUUUCGUUUCUGUGAAAGUGUCUAAUGUCUGUGUAAUAAAAUAUGUGGAGUGUUUAAUGAAAGUACUUUCAAGUCCAUUAACGACAUAAGUGGGAAAGUAUCUGUGCUGUAAAUCAGUGUUUCAUUUCAAGUUUUCAGAGUCACUCUAUAAACUUAUGAUUCUUAAUGAUAUUA